UAUAAAGCAACUUCGGGCUCAGAAGCCCCAACCAGUUGCCCAAAGCAAGUGAUUGUUGACCGCGAGAAGUCGUUGUCGCCAGCGCUGGAAAAUGGCGAGCCCUGGUGCAGAUGACCAGCGCACAUACAUUCUCAGCAUCAGUUUCUUGGACGGCAAGGGUUUCGGGCCGGAGUUGCAGGCCGUGACCUGCGCGGCCACCUUUGCUGGGGAGACCAAGCUGACCCCCUACAGCGUGGGCAGGGAGACGCAUGUAUGGAACACCACCAUGCAGUGGCGCGUGACGAUGGACCAGUUCCGCCGCCUGUCGGCGCUGGGGCAGAAGGACUGCAAGGUGGUGCUGUCCGCCAAGGAUGGCACCAAGCUUGGGUGGUUUCUCAUCGACAUGCGCGCAGCCAAGCUGCAAGCGCAGUACAAAAAGGACGACGGCGUGUGGAACACUCUCUCCGGCGCAAAGAAGGGCGAGACGCCGCAGGUGUGCGUCAUGGCGUUGUUCUACGAGGACCGACCGGACGCCUGGUCGCCGGGGCCCAAGCAGGCCUCGCCCGGGCGCCAGCGCGCCCCCGGGCGUAAGCCCGCCGCCGCCAGCCGCGCAAACGGCGGCGGCGACGGCGCCGACGACGUCGGCGCCGGCGGCGACCUCCCGGGCCCGGGCGACGGCGCCGCCUUUCCUAGCGCUCAGGCAGCAGGAGGUGGCGACGCCGGCGCUGGUGACGGCGCGGGGUUUGUGGCGGCAGGGGAGCCGCCUGGCGCCAACCCGACUGCGGGGCUGCCCAACUUCGGCAGCCCGCCGCGGCGCGGCCCCGCCGACGACGGCCCGUUCCGGCACUUCGCGCUGACGGUGGACGUGCGCAGCUUCCAGAGCACCAAGCGCCUGCCGCUCAGCAGCGCCAGCGUGUACGUGCAGGCCGUGCUGCCGGCGGAGCUGCUAGAGCUGGUGGUGGGCAGCGGCUUCAAGCUGCCCUCGCGCCUGGCGCCGCUGACCAGCCACCCCGCGGUGGACAUCCCGCGCGGGGCGGAGGGCGCGGUGCCCAACGCCUACGGCACGCUGGAGUUCUCGGCGGGGGUGGUGGAGCUGGCGCGGGUGCUGGCGCGGGAGCCGCGCAUCAGCGUUGAGGCCUGGCACAAGGAGCGGUUCCGCACCGACAUGCUGCUGGGCUCGGGCAGUGUGCCGCUGACGCCGCUGCUACAGGGCGCCUGGGUGGACGGCUACGCGCCGCUGUUCGCCGUGGUGGCCAGCAGCGUGGGCGGCGAGCUGCGGGAGGAGCGGGUGCAGAUGGGCAUGUUGCGUGUGGUGCUGGCACUGGAGGACAAGGGCCCCGCGCCGCAGCCCGGCAGUGAGGCAGCAGCCGCCGCUGUGGCCGCCGCCGCGGCUGGGGGCGGUGGCGCCGCGCGCACCUCCGCGCUUGUGGCUGCCACCUCUGCUCCCGCGGCGGCGGCUGCGGCUGCCGCCAAGCCCGACCCCUAUGCGGCGGACGGUGACACUGGCGGCCUUGAUGCACUUGUUGCUGCACCUGCCAACAUCGGCGCCGCCGCUGGGGACGGUGGACUUCAGGUCCGUGAGAUUUAUCCCGACCCCACCGCUGCCACCAGGGCGGCGGCCGCCGCGGACGCUGCCGCGGUGGGCCUGCCGGCCGCGCACGCGGUAGCGCCGCCGCCGGCGCUGCUGCUGCCGCCGCCGCCCGCCAUGGCUCUGGGUGGUGGCCCUGUGCGGCCGCCAUCUGGCAUGGGGCUGCAGGGCUCGCCCGAGUUCGAGGCGGCCUGGGAGCUGGAGGUCUGGAAGAAGGCUGAGGAGGCGCGCUGGCGCUCGGAGCUGCGCGAGCGCGAGGCGCAGCGCAUGAUGGUGCUGGAGGCGGAGUGGCGGCGGCGGGAGCGGGCGCGCGAGGCAGAGAUCGGCGCGCUCAAGGCCGAGUACCUGGGGCUGGAGGACCGGGCGCAGCAGGUGCUGUCCUCGGCCGAGGCCCGGGAGCGGCGCAUCCUGGCCGCCGAGGAGGCGCUGCUGCGGCGGCGCAAGGAGCUGGAGCGGGAGGCGGGGUCGCGCCUGGCAGAGGCGGAGGCGGCGGUUCGGCGGCUGCAGGUGGAGUGCGAGCACCAGCUGGACAUCGAGCGGGACAGGAACGCCGAGCUGGUGCGGCGUGUGGCCAUGCUGGAGGAGCGGCUGGCGGCGUCUGACGCCAGGUGCCUGGCAGUGGAGAACGAGUUCGCGGACUUCCGCGCCGCUUCGCGCUCCACUCCUGAGGCAGAGCUGGCUCGGCAGCUGGCGGCGGCGCGGGAGGCGGCCAAGGCGGCGGAGGUGCGCGCCGCAAAGGCCGCCAAGGCCAAGCAGGGCUACAAAGACCAGGUCCGCAAGCUGGCCGAGCAGCUGGCCUCGCUGCAGCGGCGACGCCAGCGGGAUGAGGACGUCGCGUUCGGGCGGCCUGCGGGUGCCGGGCUGGGCGGCGGCGGUGGCGGCGGCCAGCUGAGCAUGUCGCUGGUGGGGCCGCCGAUGAGCCUGCGGGCGGCGGCCGAAGACCAGAUCAGGGCCGCGAGCUCGCAGCAGCAGGAGCUGGCAGCCAUGCGGCUGCAGCUGCAGGCCAUCAAGGCCGCCGCCCUGGCGCAGCUGUCGCCGAGCUCGUCGCCCCGCGCCGUCCAGGACGCCUCAGCCGCCGCCACGCAGUCAGCUGCUGGGGGUGGCGCUGGGGCAGCGGCUGCCGAUGACGCGCCGGACCUGCGAAAUUCCGACCAGCAGCGCGACGGCCGCCAUGCAGCCGAGCGGCAACCCGCUGCAGCCGCUGGUGCCGGCACUGCAGCAGUGCCAGGUGGCGGCGCGGCCUCUCGGGGGGCAUCAGUCGCCAGCGAGGCAGCCCGCUCGCUCUUCCCGCCCGAGCCCACCCCGGCCAGCUCCGCCUCCAGGCCUGCGGGCUCAGGGCCUGGCGCGCCGUCGGCACAGGGCGGCGGACCGCCGCGCUCUGCUGCAGCAGCCUCAACGACAACGACCAGCAGCAGCAGCGAUCCCACCAGCAGCUCUUCGGUCUCCGCCCCCUCUGCAGGCAUGGCGGCCGUCACUGCGGGUCAACUGCGGCACGCACAUGAGGACUUGUAUGCCGCCGCGGCGGCCGCGCAGCAGCGGCUGUUCCCGGCAGCAGCACAGCGCGCCCCGGCAGGCCAGGCGGGCAGCAGCGGCAGCGCCCCAGCCGGCCCCGCCCACAGCGGCGGUGGCGACCGCUGGGCGGCGCCGCGAGUGGCUGCCAGCGCGCCCGGGGGGCCCGGCGUCGCCUCCGGAGCCUCACCGCCGUCAGUCGCCGCGACGCCGCAGUCUGCGACCCCGCAAGCCACAGCGGCUGGGACCGACUCAGCGCCCCCGUCAGUCGCCGCUUCGGCGUCUGCAUCAGCGCCGUCCACUUCUGCGGCGGCGGCGGCGGCGGCACAGCGGACCUCCGCUCCCUCCUUGUCACAGGCUGCUCACGGGCCUGGGCAGCCGCUGGGUCAAGGCGGUGAUAGCCGCCCCAGCGCCGCCAGCAACGCGAACCCGCCACGCAACGACGGCGGAGCCGGCGGCCGCGCUGCCGGGCCAGGCGCGGGUGCUGCCGGUGGUGCUGGUGCUCUGUCGGAUGAGGAGAAGCGCAGCCUCGCGGACCACCUCGCCACCGCCCACCAGUGGCGUCAGCAGCAGCAGCAGUACGCGAGGGAGGCUGAGGGCUUCUCGCCUGCCAGCUCGGCCGCCGCCGCCGCCGCCUCAGCACCCUCCUGGUUGGAGCACGGCCGCGAGUUCCUAGCUGCGCAGCAGCAGCAGCAGCCCUACUCCAGCUCCCAGCAGGCGGCCUAUUCCUACAGCGCAGGCGACCUCGGCGGCGGCGGGAGCAGUGGCGGCAGCAUCGGGGCUGGCGGCGGCGGCGGUGGUGACGGCGGCAGUUAUAACAUGUACGGCAGCGGCAGCAGCUUCCGGGACCUGGUGGGCCCCACGGCAGACCUGGCCGAGAUCCAGCGGUUGACACGGCGGAAGAUGGAGCUGUUGCAGAGCGGCGCGUACGGCCUGCACGACACGGUUAUUCGGUUGUUGGACGAGCGGAUCCAGGCCCUCAUGGCAGAGAGCGCCGGGCUGCCGGCGUAGAGGAAGGGAGGGUUGGGGAGUGUUGCGAGGUGGAAGCUGACGGGCAAGGCUGUAUGACCGACGUGCUUGCAUGUGUGACUAUAGCCCUGUCUGGCAUGACUGGGGAGUGACAUUCAUGUGAACAAGACGUCAGCGUUGGUGUCCGGUGAUCAUGGCCAAGUGGCCAACUGCAAAGUUGGCUAAGAUUCAAAGCGUCCGCCUCCGCUUGUAACACUGCGAGCAG